AGAGAAAACAACGUUUCGGGUGUGAAGCCUUCUUCAGUGACUUCGAUGAUAAAGAACAAUAGGGAGAAUCGUGAAGAACUGUCAGACUGCGGGAAACCUGGCCAGAUAGGUGUUAGAAAAGACGGGACAACUAAACAAUUACAGAGGAGCAAGAAAUAGGUUUAUUCCAUGGUUAAAAGAGAGUAAAAGAAACAGAACGUUUCGGGUGUGGGGCCUUCUUCGGAUGUCAAUAAUUACAGUGCAUAAUCAUUAUAAUCAUUAACACGGGGAUCUGGCUCUUCGUUACGAAAGCAAGAUGUAUUUGUCUAGCUUUUAAUUUUCCUCAGCCAACUCCAUUAACGUUUGUUAAAGGAAAAUGUCAAAAUGAAAUUUGAUGGCAGUUACGACCUCCAUAGCAGAGGUUUAAUACACGGUCUUAGUGUGAAGAGUAACUUGGGAAUCAUUUUCUCAGGACAACUCCAAAAGACACCCCCUCCCCAGCGGUCUGCCACACCCAGCGUCGGAUAGCGAUGGUGUGCGCCUGGCUAGCAGCGCAAAGGGUUUGUCGCUAAUGGUCCUCUUAACUUGCAUUUGCGUGUAAGAACUGGGGCUUGCGGCAUCUUUUGGAACAAGAGAAUCUUUGAAGAAAUUCAGUCACCAAGGUUAAACAUUUUUAUCUUUUCAUCUUCAUUUAGAUUUUACAACACGGCGUAGAAUAUCAGAAACCUCUAGCUCUAGUGGAAAUCACAAAACUGCAUGACCAAGUAACAGAAUAAAAGAAAACAAAUUACACGAGAACACAAAACCAGACGACACUCACAAUUUCCAUCAUCUAAAUUGGCUUGUUUGUCCCCAGAAGGGUGUCACCCAAAUUUCCGUAGAGCGGUCGGGAGCUAACGACAGCCAAGCUGCGAGCCGCUGAACAUAGUAUAGUCAAGAUAGCUCAGACGCUGACCACACCGAGUGCGCGUCGGACACUGCAUUAGAGGACAGAGACGUGGCUGCAGGCCAGAGGCUGGCCAAGGGCUUCUUAAGGAGCGCAGCUCCCUCUUGCAUGUGCAGCUUUGGGACAUGACUAAGGAUACCAGCUUCUAGACACAAAUUCCAGAGAGCUAAAUGAUCAACAACCAAGGCUCAGAAGGCUAUCCCAGGCUGGCCCGUGAGGGUGGACAAACUGAACUCUGCGCCAUGGAGCUGAAGGUCUGGGUGGAUAAUGUCCAGAGAGUGAUCUGUGGAGUCACAGAGAAAACCACCUGCCAGGAGGUGGUGAUUGCAUUAGCGCAGGCCAUGGGUCGCCCAGGCCGCUACACUCUCAAGGAGAAAUUCAAGGACUUUGAGCGCCAUGUCUCCCCUGAUGAGAGGCUCCUUGAAUCCCUGAAUAAAUAUGGCCAGCAGGCGAGAGAGGUGCAGCUCAUCUUGAACCACAACGGGCCGUCCAUGACGGGGCACAAGCCCUUUGCUCAGGUCCGAGGCAGCCGGCUGGCCGACCGGAGCCGACACCGGCAGAGCCUGCCCCCUGUUGCCCGGCUGUGCAUCAGGGCAGACCUUCAGCCCGACGCCAAGAAGCCGAAACGCAAGUCACUGACCUUUGUGGAAGAGGCCAGAGAGUGGAUCGAGUCCCUGGGCCGAAUCAGAUUGCACAAGAACAGGGAUAAAAACAGGGAAGCUGGAAAACGGGAUUCUGUCCUGAGCCAGCAGGAAGAAACGGGCCACAUGAUCCACCUCCUAAAACCAACAAAUGGGACAAUUAGAGAUGCAACUGCAGGUGAUCUGAACUCGGGACCAGAAACAGAAGUGGGGCUUCACAAACUGUUGAUCCAGCAGCAAACUGAGCUGCUGGCCCUCCAGACCCAGCUUGGCAAUACUGAGGCUGAGAUCCACACCUUGGAGGAGGAGGAGGAUCAGAUGAGACAGGAGGUAGAGAAGCUCGAACAUCUGAUUGCCUCGAGACAGGAUGACGUGGAGGAGCUGGAGUUCUGGGAGAAUGAGCUGAGGGCGGAGGAAGUCUACGAGAGGGAUCUGCAGGAACAGUUCCUGGAGAUGAAACAGAAAGCUGCGGAGUGCAAAGGCAAGGUGGAAGAAUAUAAAAGCCGGCUUCGGGGGCUGGACUUGGUUGGGGCAUCCCAGACCCAUUCCGAUACCCAGCUGUUUGAGCAGCUGGCCCUGACCGGGACAGAAGCUGCUCGACUGGACGCCACUCUCGCAGAAUCCCAGGAAUCCCUGCGGAGAGUUGACAAGGAGCUGCAGAAGAAACAUGAGGAGCUGGAAACUUUGACCUCAGAACUCUGUCCAACUUACCCGAAGAGCUUCAACCGACGUUUGGCGACUCGCUGGUCCUCUUCUUCAUGGCAUGACAGUACAGAUCGAGUUUCAAAAUCACCGGAUGGAUCCAAAAACUAUCCAUCUCUUUCGAGAGAAGGCCUCUUCAUCUAACUCGGCAGGGGAGAUGUAUUUUUGCCCUAGAGGGCAAUUCCUGCACCAGGGAUGAUCAGAUAUGUCAUAGUGAGUGACUUAAACAUUAAGAUAUGGGUUGGCAGUGAACUGUAGUGGACUAAAUCACUAUCUUAUCUUUAUCUUUUAAACCAAUUUUAAUUGCUUUUUAUCAUUUUUUUGCCAUUUUUACAAAACCUAUUAUCUCAGGUCCAGAGUCUAUAGUGGGAUUAUUGGAAUUCCUUGCACUUUCCAGUGUUCUUUGGAGUGUAAACUUCACUGGUGAAGGGUAACCCUCAUUGCCUGCAUUGUGGCAUGGCUUUUCAUCCCAUCCCUGAUCUUAACUGUUUAGCUUAAAUAAUUAUUUGGAGAUCACAGCUGUCUCCAAAUUGAAAAACACGUGGGAAAACCUGCUGGAGCUCCUAUUCAUGUUUGGUUUCUCUGCUAUAGUGAAGGAGUGUGCUUGCUUGCAACUGAAAUAUUGGUUCUCACUCAUUGGUCCUGGAAAACAACAGAAUUUUCAAUAAUUACUGGUGAAUUACACCAGUAAUUCAAUUAAUGGUGUGCAUUUCGUUUCUAGGUCUGGUCUGGAGUGUCAGUUUUCUAUAAGGCUAUCACUUAUAAUUCCAGCACCAUAAGAAGGGAAUGGUGCUCCAACAAAACACGUUUGCUUCCCAGGAAACUGGAUGAUAUUCAUCUUCACUUAUAAUCACUCUGACAAAGUGCUAUAUAUAUAUAUAAGUUUAGAACAUUUUGUACUUGAUGUAAACUAAAAAGAUGACAGUGGUGUAAUGGUUAACACUGCUGCCUUGCAGUGUUAGGGCCCUGGGUUCAAUUACAGACCUGGGGUGCUAUCUAUGUAGAGUUUGCAUGUUCUCCCUGUGUUCACAUGGGUUUCCUACCAGUCCAUAGAUUUAGGUUAACUGUGUCUGCGAAGGACUGGAGUCCUGUUCAGGGAGUAUCCUGCCUUGCACCUGUUGCUUGCUGGGACAAGGUCUGGCUUGUGACCAUAAAUUGGAAGUAGUGGUUAUCAAAUGGAUGGAUGUAAACUAAGAACAGAUCUUAUUUUGUUAUUCAAAAAUAUCAUGUAACUAAUGGGUUUUUUUUUUGUCAGAAUCUCAGAGGUUUUUAAGUUACACAAACGUAAAAUGCCUGUUGUGAAAGUGACAAUUAUUUUGGCUGCAGUAAUGUAAUACAGAAAUGUCUCUCUAGUACACAUUAAAGGUUUACAUAUUUAGUAGUGAAAUUGAGUGCACUCUUAAUUUUGUACAUAUCAGACAUUGCACAGGGGG